UCUAGCUUGGCCCGGUUGCGUCAUCGAUCGUCUCGCAGACAGUCAGAAUGCCUCUGGUCGCCAGCACUGAGCGGUCACAAGUCGGCCAUGUCAAGCUAGACGGACCGAAUGACUGGCAGAUCGGUUACGUCUUACAAGCGCCCACAGAGCCAACACAAGAUGACGAUCCAUUGCUCAUCUUUGCCCACCCCUUCACGAACAAUAGCGAGUACUGGCAGCCCCAAUUGCAAUCCGACCUCAUCGGUGGACGAUACUGGUGCUUGGCUUUCGAUGCAGCCGGUCAUGGCACGUCACCCACCUACGGACGUCAGUGGGACAUCCAAGAUACUGCACGCGCCAUCGUCAAGAUUGCUUCCACCGUGCUCGGCGAAUCUGGAGACACGCUCGACCGACCCCAAUCAGAUGGCUUUCCUUCGAGAGCAGUCUGUAUUGGCUGUUCUAUGGGAGGUUUCGGCAGUCUGAGGGGCGCACUGCUCGAUGCCCAACGCGUAAGGAGCCAACACAAGCGACCUCUCAUUGCUGGCGUGCUCUCCUUUGGAUCCUCUGCCGAGCCCGAACACAAGGACUUUGUGGAAGAGUACUACAAGACCGCCAAUGCUGCCGCCGACAGAGCUCGCUCGGGCAAUCCGCUAGAAGCGAUAAAGAUGAUUGCAGAUGGCAUAGCGAGCGAUCAGUACGGCAAAGAGGCAGGCUUGAGAAACGCACAGAAAUCGUACGAUUGGGGCAGAGCUGUCAUCGAGCGAUCACUGUCUUAUUCUUUUGCUGCCAAUUCGCUCGGAAAGCCAAUCGAUGCAUCCAUGUCGUUCGACAAAGUACAAGCCUCACUAGAACCCCAAUCGACGGCCGAUCAGAUCAUGAUCAAUUUCAACGCACUUCUCAAGCGAGAUGGCAUCGAGGCGAGCAUAUCGAGCAAAGACAGUACCGUACUCUGUCCGGUAUUGAUCGUCCACGGUACAGAAGAUGUCGCCUAUCCAAUCGACCGCAAAUUCCCAGAGACGAAGCUCAAACAUCUCCAGAGUGCAGGUGUCAAGGCCGAGAUCAAGAUGAUCGAAGGUGCACCUCAUUUUGGCACGGUAUCCUUCGCCGACGAAUUCAAUCGGAUCCUCGCUGAUUGGCUAAAAACGAUCUAAUCGUGAUAACAGAAUGCAUCGUGUGUGUGUGACUACAGCUCGCUCGCGACUUCGAUGAUGGCCUCGCUGAGAAUCUUGCAC